AGUCCAUGAGUGGAAGUCGUCGCCUCAGCAUUAAACUCUCCGAGUGUGCGGCAAAAAUGUAUGAUUGUGCAUUUAUUGUGACUUAGACGAAGUUUAGUUUUAGAGUGGCUUAACUAUCGUACCGCGUUGGAUAAAUUAUUAUUGAAAUAAUAUUUAAAUAUUUUUCCGGGAAUCAUGUAUUCAAAAAUGGAAGGUGAAAAAGCUGUAGCUCUCAAGAGAACAGAUAGCAUAUGUCCACCACCGGAAGAAGUUCUUCUACAACGCGUUUUAAAGAAUAAUACAGAAGAUUUAGACCUCAUUGUUAACGAAGCUCUUCUUAAAUAUAUUUAUGAUGGCUAUAGCAAACCGAUUUUGUUGGUUGCUUGCAUCGAAGAAGCAGUAGAGCCCCUAACAAUCCAAGCUUUAAUAGAUCUAGGAGCAGAUAUACGAUUUUCCGACGAGAACCAGUGGGAAGCAUUACAUUUCGCCGCUAAACGAACUAAUUAUUCAGUUUUAAAAGUUGUAAUUGAUAAUUUGAAAGCUAGACAUUUCGAUAUUAACGAUGUACUAGCUCAAAGUAGUAACGCCUUGCAUAUUCUUAUUAGGUACGGAGAAAGUCAAUCAAUUGAUUUUAUCAAAUGCGCUAAACUUUUAAUUCAAGAAGGAAUUAAUGUGAACAGUGGAGACAGUAAAUUCAUAUCACCUAUACUGUGGGCAGCUAAGAAUGGUUCAAAGGAUGUUAUCAAAGUGAUAUUAGAAAAUAGUCCGGUUCCAGUGGAUUUGGACUCCCAUAAACUGAGAGGACAGACCGCUAGAGAUAUUAUUACAAUUAAAAAUUUAUACGAAGGUUAUCUUCCAGAAAAAAUUGAUAACAAUAAUCAAAACGGAAUCGUAAACAAAGGAAGUACAAGAAUCGAUGCGGAGAUACUUUUUAAUUACGUUAAAUUACGAAAAGAAAAUGAAUUUCUGAAUUAUAAUAAUGGAGAUAUUAGAGAUUUCGCAAAUAUCGAAGAUGGUUCCGACACCCUUCUUCAAAUGGCGUGCGAUAAGGGAAGCAAGAUCAUAGUAGAACACCUAUUAAAUAACGGAGCUGAUCAAUCGAGAGUUACCAAUAAAAACAAAAAGACUCCACUGGAAAUAACCGCCGAUCACGGUUUCCACGAAAUAUUUAGUCUUCUUCUAAACCGUCUCGAUAACGAGAUUCCCAUGUCUGUUUUAAUAAGUUUAGUAAAAUGUUAUGAUUACGAGAUAUUUCCAGGUAUAGAUAGAAAACUGUGUUGUAAAUAUCUUCUCGACAAACUGAAAUCUAAUAGAGAUAUAUUGAAUAUAAAUGGUGUGGACGAAUCUAUGAAUUCCCCGUUGCAUUACGCAGUUAGAUAUGGUGACGUUAAUAUCAUUAACGAUCUUCUUCAAACUGGAGCGUCUCUGGGGUCUAAAAACAAAUAUGGUAUUAUGCCUAUCCAGGAUAUGGAACCUGAGGCAUUGAACAAACAUUUGGAUAACUGCGUUCAGUUUGAUUUUAAAGGAAAAAAAGACAAGGAAGAUUUUUCUAUAACGUUCGAUUAUCGUACUUUGAUACCACCUACUACAAAGAUAAGUAGACCAGAUUCGGAAUUAGGUAUUAAUUCUUCCGAUAACCAAGAACUUGUACUUGAAACUGAAGUUAUAUCGUAUAUGAGUACAGCUUCGGAAUUUAAGCAUCUUUUAACACAUCCUGUGAUAGUUAGUUUUUUAUUUAUGAAAUGGCAUAGAAUAAGAUGGCUCUUUUAUACUAAUUUAGCGUUUUAUAUUGCUUUUUUUGUUUCUUUAGUAACUUACGUGUUUUCUUAUUAUGCAAAUUUUGAAGAACUCACGUCCUUUGAAGUUUUUCUUAAAUUCGUUUCGUGGAUAACAUUGCUGAUUACAUUUUUUGUAUUGUUAUUCAGGGAAUUAUUCCAAAUUGCAAUUUUACCGAAAAAGUAUUUUCGGAAUUUUGAAAAUUACUUAGAAAUGACUCUUAUUAUUAUAGCUGGAUGGAUAUUAUUUGUCGGUUCUCCAUCUAUUGAUACCCGUAAACAACUUUCAUCUUUAUCUAUUUUAUUAGCAGCUUUUGAACUUGUAUUGAUGCUCGGUCAACAUCCGAAACUAUCAACGAACGUUGUUAUGCUGAGAACAGUUUCUUAUGAUUUUUUCAAAUUUCUUUUGUGGUAUUCCAUAUUAAUUGUCGCAUUUGCUUUAAGUUUUAACAUACUAUUUUCCGCAGAACCUAAAAUAAUUGUAGCGAAUCAAACAGAGAGCGAAAGUGACGACGAUUCUUUCGAAAAUCCAGGAAAAUCUGUGUUUAAAACUAUUGUUAUGUUGACAGGCGAAUUCGAAGCCAGCGACAUCAAUUUUGAAGCUUUUCCUUUUGUUAGCAAAUUAAUUUUUGUUCUUUUCAUUUUCAUGAUAGCCAUUAUACUGCUCAAUCUCUUAAAUGGUUUAGCUGUAAGUGACACACAGACGAUAAGAAAAGACGCCGAACUAUUGGGACAUAUCUCUAGAGCUCAACAUAUUUUCUACGUAGAAACGAUGAUGUUGGGAAACAUCCUCCCCAAGAGCUUAGUUACCAAGUUGAACGAUUUAUGCUGUUGCUUACCAUUCGACACAAAUUUACGCUGCACCAUUUCCAAACCUUUAGCAGAAAAAGUUUGUCUUUUUCCACAUUUAUUCAAUUACGAAAUGACUGUCUAUCCUAACAGAUACGGACAAAUAUAUAUUCCGAUGAAUAAGAAACAAAAAUGUUGUCACGGUUAUUGUUAUAACAUUUAUUUAGAUAAAGAGACAAUUUUACGAAUAAACGCGUUAGUUCAGUUUAAAAAAGAGCAACUACAAUCAAAAGUAGAUAUAGAGAUGUAUAAAUCUGAAAUUGUUAUCAUUAAAAAUAAAUUGGAUGAUCUAUUGAAUAAACUCCAAUCGAAACAGUUACAAUAAUAUGCUGUGAGUAAUUUCUUCUUGGUACUUUCAAUCAACUACAUCAAAUUCUCUUUCUGUAAUCGAGACAAUAUCCGAAUAAUUGCUUUUUUCUCUCAGUUCCUUUAUUUGGUAUAAUCAUUUUUUUCCGUCCGUUAUAUGUCUCGUUUAUCUAUCAGUCUUAAUACUUACGAUAUUUCCAACAAUUCAGAUGUUUCUAUUCUUCAUUUCGUUUGCGUUUUUCUCUUUGGUCUAUUUGCAUUUGAUUUGACGAUUCAUUAUGGUUUUCCCGUGUUUAUUGAUUAUUUUGCGUUGAAUGCCUUUAUAAGUUUUUUGAAGUUAUCGGUGGCAGUGUUUUUGUUUCAAGGUCUCAAUCGCUUGCUUUUGCUUUCUCCUAUUCCUUCAAAUUAAUCUCUUCUUGUUCUAAGCUCAUCCUAUUAUAUUCGUAUUAAUUUGUCGAAUGUAUAUCUUUCAUUUUAUUUAAAUUAUAAACAAUUUGUUUUAUGACUCAUAGUCAGUAGUCAAUGGUCACCAUUUAUCUAUUGAAUUGAUAAUAAUCCUAAACAAAAUUAACCCAUUUUUUAUUUCAAACGUAUCGCAUCUUUUAGUGCCUAGAAUUUCUAAAAGCUUCUUCCCUACUUUCAUAAUCUGACAUUAUUAAACUAAAAAUGCAUGAAAUUCAUUAUAUGGUCCAUUCUAAAUGGAUUUACCUAGCAGAAAAAAUCGAUUUUUUUGCAAACUUCAUUCUAUAUUUAUUUUGAAAAAGUAUGGCCGCUUUCCGAAAAACGUUUUUUGACCCUGUGGCGCCGUGUGGAAGUUUACGUUGUGAAUAGGCUCACACGGAGUCAUAAACUGGGCGAGAAUACUACUAUUAGGAGAUUUAGGCCCUCCGCACACGGGUCGACUCAUUUGCAAUUCGAGUUGUCAGCAGGAGUCGCGCGCAACCUUGUCUGUCACAGUGGGAGUCCUCACACGGGCCAACUGCCAGUCGUCAACUCAAAUCCAAUAUGAAUCGCAUAAGUUGCGCGCCAGCCGUACAAUAGAAGACCACGUGUGCGGAGGGCAUUAUAUUAUUUAAAAUGAGUGAUCAAUAUUGUUCAGAUUCCCUUAUAUUGGUAUUCUGCCUCUGUAUUGUAGGCGCAACCAACCUCACCAAUUCUUCAAAGCUUUCUUUUUUCAUCCUAGAGAAUGCUAUGAACUUUGCAUCUGUUUUUUUCAAUUCUUCGGCAGAAACAAAAAGCCUGCAGCUUAAGUUUUUUUGAAUAUACGAAUGACACCAAUAUUACCUUCUUCCUCCUCUACAGAUACCGACUAUCAGUCGAGAGUUGCGGACUGAAGUUGCACAAAUGUCCCUCCUGUGUGUGGACUCCAGCUGCAAACAGGUUGCACAAUUCCGAUUGCACGAUUCCGUUUGCGCGUUGCGCAGUCAAGUUUUCAAACUCAAAUUGCAAAUGAGUCGACCCGUGUGCGGAGGGCCUUAGUCCUGAUCACUACCUAGUGUGAACUGGUAGUCGUGGUAGUAGAACAACCAAAAAUAGAUCGGUCGUAAUUACUCGUGCAUGUUGGAGUGAACACGACCGGUUUAGUCGUGAAACACCCACCAAAAGUGAGGUUUCUAGCGUAUAUACACGUAUUUUUUUUUUCGAUUUCUGUACGAGUGAAAUAAUAAAAUUUACUAUAAUUUAAUAAUUAAAUAACAUUUCCUUCGUCAGCAUUCAAAAUGUCAGUGUACAAAAUGAAUAAAAAACAAACAAUUCAAUUUGUUGAAUUGUAUCGCGAUGCGGAAUGUUUGUGGAAAAUAAAUUCUGAAGUGUACAAAGACUGAAAUGCUUAUUAUCAAAAAUUAAAAAAAAAAAAAUAACUUUGAAAAGUCAGGAGCAUCUUCAGUUCAAAUCAGCCUAAGGUACCGUGGUUUACGAUUGUCCAUUCAUUUCUGAAACAAAAUCCAGUAAUGAAUGAAACAGUAUCUAAUCUUUAGAGUUCACCAGUUCAUUGUAACAAUACAUCAAAGCAAUUAGAAGACAAAGUCAGUUAUGUUUUAGAUAACCAAGUAGAAGUAAAUUUGUCAAACGAAAAGGAGACUGGUGAAAUAUUCAAACUUCCAUCAAAAUCAAAUCAGACAGCUCAAGCAAAAAAGAGGCGACUGCAGAAUUGUUCCACUUUCCUGUUUAGCCAUGAUUAAACAAAAAUAAUUAAAAAACGUACCAUUUCAGACACUAAUUCGUGUGAACUGGAGGUGUGAACCAGCCUUUAAGCAUUUAAAUUGGUACAUUCAUUUCAAACGGACCAAUUUUUUUCUAAAUUGUGUGAUAUGUACUUUACUUUUAGCUGGUGUUCUCAAAAUUAACAUUGAAUCAAAUAUUUUCCGGGAAAUCCAGAAAAUAAAUUUCUCAAAAACCCCACCCUUAAUUUGCGCGAAUUUUGUAUAUGAGUCUCAGUAACCCCCGAUCUACCUUUUUACUAAAUGGCAGUUAAACAAAAAGCUCCGUUCGGUAAAUACGGCCCCGCAACGAAAAUGCCGGUUUUCACCUUUGUUGGAUUUUUCCGGUGAUUUGUAAAUGAGUAGCGUGUGCCGAUUUUUAUUUGUCCGAUAAGCUGAGUGACACUAAAAAUGUUUUCCAUGUAUCUUUUCACGUAGUCAAUAACUUGUAUUUUGAAUUGAUCAAUGAAAUACUAAAUUCAACCUCAUCAGUAGUUCAUAUCAAGUAUAACCUAUAAAAAUAAAACUGAUUUUCUCACUUGUGUCAAAGAUGGUUUCCAACAGCAAUUGUUGGGUGCGUGUUUGUGAUAGAUUAAAGUUAAAUCAUGCGUAGAUUCAUUUGUCAGGUGAUUCCUUUCUUGGAUUUUCUCGUUAAAGCAGCUCAUUGAAACUGCUCAUAAAUCAAAAACAGAAACUAUUUGUUAUUGGAGGAAGUAGCUCCAACGUCUCCAUUUUUCAAAUUUGACUGUAGUAUCUAGUAGUAUUUUGACCAAAGCUCCUGAAGUUAACGUGUACAAAAUCUCUCUCCUACUCGUACAGCCCCUUUUUGUUAUUUUAUGAUGAAACCAGUGGCGUAGCGUGCUUUGGAGGGGCCCUGUAUUAAAAUUAGUUGGGGUGCCCAAAUGAAAGGAAAAAUUAGUUCACAGAAGAAACAAAAAUGCUUGCAUUAAAUUAAAAUAAGUAUUUACUGAUUAUAAGUUAUCGCUUCCUUCUAGAAAUUGAGCUAGCCAAAUAAAUCAAAUUAAAUGUACACUAUUCUUUCCUUUUUUUUUCGGCAAAUUGAUUUAUUAAAUUAUCUAUAGCUGAAGACGAUUUCCUCAUCGAAGUCCUUAGGUAAUUUUUCAUCAGUUUUAAUUUUGAAAAACUUCUUUCAACUGUUGCGGUCGUAACUGGAAGUGUCAAGAAUAGAAAAUAUUUUGUUACUACCAGCAAUAAUUCCAUGAGUUCCUUAAUGAAAUGAAUAUUUUGAAUUUCAGAUUUUUGCAAUCUUUGUUUAGUUUGAGAAACUAAUAUAUCUAAACAGCAUUAGUAUACAUUGACUUUGAAAUAUAACUCCGGAUCUAAAAUUCUCUCAUCUUGUGAUAACGCAUCAAAAAAACGCUUCCUUAUUAUUCAUCUUUUAUUUUUAAAAACAGUUGUUACUUUCCACUCCCUGGACUCAUUUAGCAAACCAUUGAAUGAAUUUUGAUUUCUUAUUUCGCUCAGUCUAUUCAAAAGAUUGCUUAAUAAAAUACUAGCUUUCUGUAAUUCAUUAUUCUGUAGAGCUUUAGAAACAGGAUUAAUGAUUUCAAAAAGUAAAGAAAAAAAUGUAACAAGCACUAAGAAAAAUCUAUAGUUUUUGUACGGCAUUUAACAUUGAAGAGACUUAGCGUGUUAAAAGUAUUUACAAGAAUAACACACUUGAAUUCGCAGUGCUUAACCUGGGGAAAAAAGAGAUUGCUUUUAUGACUUUUGUCAUUUUUGAAGUAAAAACUCUAUAGGCCCUAUAAAAGUUUUUUUUAUAUGUUUUUUCCCGGGAAACACUAGAUUAAGUGACAUUGGGAAUAACAUUUCACUAAUUUUUGUUUACACACAUUAGGAGCCUCUGUAGCCCGGGGGCUUCGUAUCAAUGAUACGGCUAACACGGCGGUAGCUACGCCUCUGGAUAAAACCUACAUUAUAAAUGCUGGGAGUGGAAUACCUAACAUAUGUGAGGCUUGGAUAGGUCAAAAUCGACAUUUUUGUUGCGGGCAAGGCUUCUUGACAAAGUCAUUCAUAUUUGGUUUUUUCAGGUAGGACGAAAAAUUUUUGAUUCAACGUUAAUUGAAUAACACUAGCUGAAAGUAGAGUGAAUAACGCACAUUUAAAAAAAAUGGUUCCGUUAGGUUAAUUUGGGUUAUAAUGGCGGCUGUUUGAAAUGAGUGUACCAUUUGAAACGCUUAUUCACAACGUAGAAUUCCACAUGGCACCAUAGGGUUGAAAAACGUUUUUCGGAAAAAUGAAAGUGGCCAUACUUCUCCCAUUUAAAUAUAGAAUGAAGUUUGGAAAAAAUCGAUUUUUUCUGCUGGGUGAAUCCGUUUAGAAUGGGGCAUACACUUCUCUUCCAAUGUUAUUAUCUUUUUCUCCAAAAAUCUUCUCUUCUUACUUGGUUAAAGACCGCUUGAUAAUGCAAUAUUUCUUGAUAGAAAAUAUGCGCAGAUUGUUUCAUGCAAGAUCUCGCACUUACAACAUUAUCAUUUUGGUGCCAUUUUUAUUGAGUGCAAGCUGGGAAAAAUCCAGAUCCUCUCAUCAUUUUCAAGGUAUUUGUUUAAUUAACUUAUUGAAUUUUUGUUAGUGGCACCAUGAUGCAAUGGCAAGAGACUUGCAUAUUGUCAAGCGACAUGCAAUAUUUAUCUGUUCAAUAUUUUGACCUUUCUUUCAAUUUCUUGCACAAUGUCAAGCGGCCUUAAAUAAUUAUGGCAAACAUAUAUGUUUCUCUUGUCUUCAUCACGUCAUUUCACUUGUCUGUCUCAAUAUAAAUAUCAACUCUUUUGUUGUAUUAAAUUUCCGAUCUAUUCGAAUCCUUUAGCCGGCAAAUCACUUCGAAUCUUUCUGUGAUAUUUGGCCGUUUUUCCAAUCUCCUCUCCUAUUAUUGAUCUUGUGUCUAACUUUUUGAAUAUUUAUUUUUUUAAUUUAAAUAUGUUUUGUCAUUCCAAUAUCUUUCGUUUGUUAUUCCUAAGCCUUUUAUAUUAAUUCUUCUUUUUUAUCUAGCACUGAUAUUCUUCUUUUUUCUCUCGAAUAUUCUGUGGUUUUCUUCUUUUUUAUUUUUGAUACACCAGGUUGAUGCGUCAUAGGUGUCAACAGUUAUAAUAAUUGCUCUGUAAUUUUUUCAUUUAUUUCUAAUCAUUUUAUUCCUUCUCUUGUUAUCUUCUUCUACGGUUUUUUAUCAAUUGCCAUUAGUGUUAUGUCAUUUGAAUUUGCUAUUAACUGCGCAUGUAUUUGUGCAAGGGUCAUUUUGAUUGCAGCCUAGUGGAAAGCUUACUGUUCGUAGAAAAUUAUACUUUGUUCGCAUGAAGAUUACAUUGAAUAAGUUUAUUCAGUACUGCAUUUCUGGAUAAAGAGUUAAAAUCACCCUGACUAUCGAUGAUGCAGAAUUGGCCGAGACCAGAGAAAGAACAAAAUUUGUUCGGUCUUCACGCCGUCUCUUAUAUUAAUAAUAGAUAUUUUUAAAAUUAAAAAAAAUUAAAAAGAGGCCAUCCAUAAAUUAACUCACGCGUUAAGGGGGCGGGAGGGGGUCAACGAAGUGUGACAUUGUGUGACAAGAGGGUGGGAGUGGUCCUUAAUUUCGUGACGUCACAUUUCAAAAUCUAUUAUAAUCUAAAUGUUGAAACACGAACUUUGAACUAGUACUUUAUGAAAACCUCAAAAAAUAGUAUUUGAAGUAUUGAAUAAACUCCAAAUUACUUAUUGUAUACUUAUUAUAUAGACUUUUCUAACUAUUUUGAAUAUUAUACUUUAAUACUUAUGUAAAAGUUUUAUUGUUGUAAUUAUUUAUAAUAAAAUAUAUUUGUUUUA